CUUAUCGGACGCAGAAUUAAAAUUAAUACCGAACUAAAAAUUAAAAAUUAAAAAAAUAUGAUUUUUUAAUUUAUUAAAAUAAUAAUUUCAUAUUUAAUUAUUAAAAAUUAUUUUAAAUUUUAAAAAAAUUUUUAGUCUAUUAUAUAAUUAAUGUUAUUAUAAAUCUAACAAAAUGCGUUUAAAAUUAUAUUUAAGUGUUCUAUUAUUUUGUGGAUUAACUAAUAAAAUUGUAAUAUCGAAUGACAUCAUCAGUGAUAAUGAUGGUAUAACGUUAAAUGAAUUUAGUAAAAUAGGAAAAAAUAAUGAUUUAAUUAUUGAAAAUCCUAUUAAAGAUGUAGAUGUUAUUGGUAUAAAUAAAAUAAAAAAUAAUAUUAAUAAAACUGAAAAUAAAAAAAAUAUUCAUAUUGAAAAUGAUUAUGAUAUGGAUACGGAUAUGGAUUAUGAAAAUGAAGUACCAGAUACUGAUGAUGAUGAAAAUAUAAUUGUUUCACCACAUAUAAAUGAUGAAAAUCAUGAUAUAAUUCCAGUUAUAAGUGAUAAUAAUAUAAAUAAUAAUAUUAGUGUACCAAGAUUAGGAAAAUUAAUUGAUUAUGGUGAAAAUUAUGAUAUAGCACCGGAUGGAUAUAACUGGGAUCCAAAUAAUCGUAUAGCACCAUCUGAACCACCAAGACAUGAUCCAAGAGGCGGUUAUGUUAUAACACCACAACGUUUACAAGAAAUUCGUAAAGAAUUCUUUUAUUGGUUCUUUGAUAAAGAUCAAAAUCAAGGACGUGGUGAUUUUCAAAAGGAUAUUCAUUCAUCAAUAUCACAAGUUCAUAAAAAUUUUAAUUUUCAACUUCCGUUCUUUGGAUUUAGAUUUAAUUACACAAGAAUUUCAAUGAAUGGAUAUUUAGAAUUUUCAGAUCCACCAAAACAUUAUACAUAUCCAUUGGUAUUUCCAAUAAAAGAUUGGCCAAAACAGAAUGAUCCAUCGUUUAUUGGUGUAUUUUUCUCGAAAUGUCGUAUUGGAAGAAUUUAUCCAAAUGAGUAUGAUCAAAGAGAACCAGGUGUUUAUUUUAGGUUGGAGCGUGAUUUAAUGACACGUACAGAUCGUAUGGGUGUUGAGGUAAGAGAACGUACCAUGUGGGAUAUUCGACAAGGUGUAGUUGGUGCUGAUACUUUUAUACCAAAACAUGUAAUUAUUACAACAUGGAAAAAUAUGUCAUUUGCUGGUGGAAUUGAUAAUUCAUUGUAUACUACAAAUUCCUUCCAAGUAGUAUUAGCAACAGAUGAAGUUUAUACUUAUGCUAUAUUUAAUUAUGCAACAAUUACAUGGUCAUCACACACCGAAGCAGGAGGUGAUACAACAUUAGGAGAAGGUGGUACUCCAGCUUAUAUUGGUUUUAAUGCUGGUAAUGGAACAAGAUCUUAUGAAUACAAACCUUAUAGUCAGAAUUCAGUUUUAAGAGAUCUAACUGGAAGAGGUUGGGCAAAUGGUUUCCCUGGGCGUCAUAUAUUCCGUAUAGAUGAAAAAAUUAUGUUAGGAACAUGUAAUAAAGAUAUUGACGGAUCACAUUUACCUUUGGUUUUCGCUCCGGAAUCCGGAAAUAUGUUGGGUGGAACUGUUGUUAAUAUUACUGGACCUUGCUUUGAUAAGUCGCAACGUGUUGUUUGUCAUUUUGAUACAGAGGAUGUUGUAGCAACAGUUGUUGAUAGUAACCGAGCAAUAUGUGUUCAACCAUUCUUAAAAGCACAAGGUUACGUGCGUUUUGAAAUAUCAGUUGGUAAUGAACGUUAUAAAUGGAGAGGAAAAUAUUUUGUUGAAACACCGUCAACUGCAAUUGAAAAAAUUUUCUUUGUUGAUCGCAGUGUAUAUGAAAAAAUGCCAAGAGAAAUUAAAAUUCAGUGGACUGCUAUGAAUUUAACAACAAAUUUAAAUUCAAAUGUUCAAAUAUCACUUUGGGGAUACUCUGAAGCGACAAUUAAACCACGAUUGGAAUACAUUGAUAUCCUUGAGACUGCUGUGAGAAAUACUGGUGAAUAUACCAUUUCUCCAGCAAAUUAUCGACUUCGUGAUAAUCCGAAAAAUAUUGAUAUGCAAUUUGGUUUUCUUCAAAUAAACUUAACAAAUCCUGAAUCGUAUGAAGGAUUGAGAUUAUCACCGGUUCUGUGGUCUCGACCGAUUCCUUUGGGAUGGUACUUUGGUCCACAAUGGGAAAGAAGACAUGGUAGGCAAUGGCCAAGAGCUCUGUGUGAAAAUUGGUUCCGAACUGACAGAUUUUUAAGUAAUUUUGUUGCUGAGCUGCCAUUAUGUCCUUGUAGAGUAGAACAUGCUCUAUAUGAUAAAGGACGUUAUUUACCUGAUCCAGAUUGUGAUAAAGAUUCUAAUCCAACAUGUUUAUUAAAUCAACAAGCGGUUCACUGUGUUCGAAGUGGACAACCUAGCGAUCAGGGCUCUGAACAACAAUGUUGUUACGAUCGUUAUGGCAGUCUUAUUUUAUCAUACGAUGUAAUGUAUGGCGCAAGACCAAAGCGAGCACAUAAUGUUGGUAAAAUGCCAUGGAAUGAAGCUGGUAAGGUUCCAACAUUAUCCCAAUGGUUCCAAGAUAUUAGACCAUUUUUCUCUUGCUGUUAUUGGCAAGAUGAACAGGCAGUUGGAUGUGAAACUUUGCGUUUUGAAAGAAGACCUUCUCAAGAUUGUGUAGCCUAUCAAUCACCAGGUGUCGCAGCUGUUUUUGGCGAUCCUCAUUUUGUUACAUUCGAUAACUUGCCAUAUACAUUUAAUGGUAUGGGUGAAUUUGUUUUGGCACGAGGUAAUGAUGGGCGAGAAAAAUUCGAAGUACAGGGUCGAUUUGAAAGGGUUGCUAAUAAUGUGCAUGGAGAAGUACAAGCCACACAUUUGACAUCAGUAGCUACUCGUGGUAAUACAACAACUGUCAUUGAAGUUAAAUUAAGACCACCGCAAGCUCAAUGGCGUUACAGAUUGGAUGUGUAUGCUGAUGGCCAAAGAAUUUAUUUUGAUAGACCAAGUUUGAAAUUCCAGUAUUUUCAUGGUGUAACAGUAUAUACACCUACAUACAUUUUAAAUCAGUCCGAGGUUAUUAUUAUGUAUUCAUCAGGUGUAGGAGUAGAAGUAAUUGAAAACUCAGGUUUUAUGACUGCUAGAGUUUAUGCACCAUGGUCGUUUAUUAAUAAGACAAGUGGAUUAUUUGGAAAUUGGAGUUUUGAUCCCAAUGAUGAUUUUACUUUACCGGAUGGUCGAGUGGUUGCUGUAAAUUUAAAUAAUUUCGAAAAUAUUCAUAAAGAAUUUGGAAAAAAAUGGAUGUUAGCCGAUCAAGAAAUACCAGGUGUUGGAGCCGCAUUAUUCACACGAGAGUAUUCACGUGCUGCAAGCCAUUUCUCGAAUGAGAGUUUCAUACCGAAUUAUGUAAGAGAUCCAAAAGAUUUUCUGCCAACAAAUCGUUCGUACGAUAUAGAAAGAGCUGAAGAAUUGUGUGGAGACAAUUAUCAAUGCAAAUAUGAUUAUGGAAUGACACUUGAUAGGGACAUGGCUCAUUUUACGCGAAAUUAUCAUGCUAGUGCCGUUAAUAUAAAAACUUUAAAUGCAGAGGAACAAAUUUCUUGCGGACGUUUAGAAACUCCAAGAUUUGGUAGAAAAUUAAGCUUUGAUUUCAAGCCUGGCGCUCAAGUCUCAUUUGCUUGCAAUGAAGGUUUUGUUUUAACAGGUGAUCAGAGAAGAACUUGUUUAGCUAAUGGUAAAUGGGAUGUUCCUGUAGCUGGUUAUACAGAGUGUCUACGUGAAGUUUACUAUACAAGACAGACAGCAUGGAUAGCAACAGGCAUUAUUUUGGCUGUAAUAGCACCCAUUAUGUUAUGCAUUGUUUGUGGUGUUUAUUGUUAUCGCAAACGUGCUCUUCGCGAAGAUCCAGAUUUCAAAUUGGCAUCAACAUUACCAAGAUCAAGAUCAACAUCUAAAUCAAAUUUAAGGCAUAUGAAUAGUGAUGCAAGUGAUACCACAACUGAUCAGGAUACAUUAAAAAAAAGUAGGUCUUAUGAAAGAGUAUAUCGUACACAUGAGCCAUUACAUGGUAAACCUAAUGCUGAAUUUCCAGAAAAAAAAUGGGAACUGGAUGAAGAUGAUGAAUUCACAUCAUCAGAAGGUGGUAGUGAAUUGAAUAAUGCUAAAAUCGCAAGGGAUAUUGAAUAUAUUAAUAAAACAGGUGCUGCUUCAACUGGUGACAAACAACAGAGGCAAUUGGGAAGAAGAUCACUUAGAUUACAAGAUGAUAUUAUUGCUGAAGAAAAUAAAGAUGCUGGUGGAGCUGGUACUGGUCCAACUUUUGAUGAUCAACCAUCUUAUCCAACUUCACCGGUUUUAUCACAACAAUAUAGUCCAACAUUUAGUGCUGCUGAUCAAAGAAAUAGUCAGGCGAGUAGCAAUAGUGGUUUACCACCAGCACAAGUUCAACCAAUACGUUAUUCUGGUGUUAAAGUCUUACCAACACCAAUAUCUCCCAUACCUGGUACCAUACAUGAUAGUAAUGUAUUUUAUAAUAGACCAGCACCAGCAACACCAAUAACACCAUCAGCUCAACCGCUUUCACAAACAAUUGGAUUACCAUCACCGAGUGAACCGAAUCAAAGAUCAACUGAAGUUUAAUCUAUAAAAACACAUUAUAUAUUUCUAAAUACAUAGUUUCAUUUGUUCUUUAACAUUUUUAUAUACAUUUAUAUUUGUAAUUUAUAAAAAAUUUAUUGGUAUAUAUUUCAUUUCUAAUAAUUAUACAGUUUUUUUUUUUCAUUUAUUUUAAUCUGUACCAUAAUUUUCAUUUUUAAGAAAAUAUUGUCUAUUAUAUGUUUAGAGAUUUCAUAUUGUAUGUAUUUGUUUUAAUAUGUAAAUUUUCUUUUGAGAGUACAAUAAUAUAAAUUAUUAAUUUUAAAUGAAAUUGGUUUAAAAUUCUAUAACAAAAACAAAAAAAAAAAACUGCAUAUUUAUAGGCGUAGUAAUUUUAUUUAACUUUAAUUUUUUUCUAAUUUUCUUCUUGUAAUAAAACUGCUUCAAUGGUAAUUAAAUGUUUUGUUUUUCCUAUUAACAAUAGCAAAAUGAUACUAACUUGUGGGAAAUAUACUCUUCCCCCGAUAUAGUUAUGAAUUUUUGCUUUUAGCUCAAAAAAGCUUGUUAAACAUUUUGUCAUAAUUUUAAAACAAGAGUUUUUAGUUUAUGUAUUAAUUAAAUUUUUUUACUAAUUUUACAUUUAUUUUAUAAUAACAUUAAACAUUAAAACUUUUACUAACCAGAUUUCUUCAAAAAUUUCCUUAAAAUAGAUGUUCUAGAAAAUCAAUUUUAUUUAAGCAAUGCAAUGGUUCGACCAUGACUAUUUAAAUACAAAUUUUAAAAAUUUUGUAGCCAAUUUAGAAAUAUAAUUAACACCUUUAUUAACGUUAUAUAACAAAUUCAUAUUUUGCAAAAUUUUUAUACAAAUUUUGUGAAAUUCAUUUUCAAAUGAUUUUUUAAAUUUAGUAUUAAAAGUACAAUUAAAUUAAAUUUUAAAUCAUAACCAUUAUUAA